ACCAACGGUUAGAAAUUUCCCCAAAAGGUUUUGAGUGAUGCGGCGAGGCUGCCGUCCUCCCAUUCCACGCACAAUCAAUCACCCCGCAGCUGCCCAACCGCAAUUCAAACGCCGAAACCUCUCGCUUCCUACCUCGAACAACGCAAAGAGGAAGAAGAAGCAGUCGUCGCGGUCGCUCGAUACCGAUAUUGUAAGAUGGAACAAAAACAUCACGUACCACAUGCGCCAUGGCCGCUGCGACGCCGCCCGCCAACUAUUCGACCAGAUGCCCCGCCGCACCAUCGUCUCAUGGAAUACUAUGCUCUCCGGUUACCUCUGCAAUGGAAAGUACUCAUCUGCUCUCCGCUUAUUCGACGCCAUGCCCCACCGCGACGCCAUCUCCUGGAACACCAUGAUCAACGGCCACGUUCGCUACGGGGAACUGGGUGCCGCCCGUAGGAUGUUCGAUAAAAUGCCGGUGAGGGACACAGUCUCCUGGAACACCAUGAUCUCCGCCUAUGCUCAGAGUGGUCACGUCGAGCAGGCCCAAGAGAUCUUUGACCGUGUCCCUGUGAAGGAUUCCGUUUCAUGGAACGGGAUUCUUGCUGCCUACUUACAAAACGGGCAUUUUGACGCUGCUCAGAGGCUCUUCGAAUCGAACCCGCAUUGGGAUUUAGUAUCUUGGAACUCCAUGAUUGCUGGUUAUGUAUCGAGGAAGAGGUUGGUGGAAGCUCGGCAGCUUUUUGAUAGGUUGUUGGAGAAGGAUAUUGUCUCGUGGAACACAGUGAUAUCUGGUUACGCGCAGAAUGGAUAUAUGAUAGAAGCAAGGCGUCUUUUUGAUGAAUCUCCAUGUAAAGAUGUGUUUACUUGGACGGCCAUGGUUUCAGGUUAUGCUCAGAAUGGGAUGCUAGAUGAGGCUAGAACAAUGUUCAAUGAAAUGCCUGAACGAAAUAUUGUAUCUUGGAAUGCAAUAGUCGCUGCUUAUGUGCAGAACAAAAAGAUGGAUGUGGCGGAAGAGCUCUUCAACGCAAUGCCAUGCAAGAAUAUCAGCUCAUGGAACACAAUGGUUACUGGUUAUGCGCAGGCUGGGAUGAUUGAAGAAGCUCGGAGAAUCUUUGAUAACAUGAACGAUAGAGAUCCUAUAUCCUGGUCUGCCAUGAUUGCUGGAUAUGCUCAGAGCGGUCAGAGUGAAGAAGCGCUGCACCUUUUCAUAGAGAUGGGAAGGAGUGGGGACAGAAUAAAUCGGUCGUCUUUUACUUGUGCCUUCAGUACCUGUGCAGACAUUGCUGUGCUGGAAUGUGGAAUGCAGGUGCAUGGGAGGCUGGUCAAAGCAGGCUAUGGAUUGGGUUGUUUUGUUGGGAACGCACUACUUUCAAUGUACUUUAAAUGCGGGAGCAUACUUGAAGCUUACAAAGCAUUUCAGGGGAUUUCUCAGAAGGAUGUUGUUACUUGGAACACCAUGAUUGUUGGUUAUGCUCGGCAUGGGUUUGGGGUUAAAGCAUUGGAAGUGUUUGAUUUGAUGAGAACAACAGAAAUAAAACCGGAUAACGUUACUUUGGUUGGGGUGCUAUCCGCAUGCAGCCAUGCUGGGCUGACAAACAAAGGCAUUGAUUUCUUCUAUUCUAUGCAGCAAGAUUUUGGCAUAAAACCAAAACCAGAGCAUUACACCUGCAUGAUUGACCUUCUGGGUCGAGCAGGACGCUUGACAGAAGCUCAGUCUCUGAUCAAAGAUCUGCCCUUUGAACCGGAUGCCACAAUGUGGGGUGCUCUGCUUGGUGCAAGUAGAAUCCAUCAUCAUACUGAAUUAGGAAGGAAAGCAGCUCAAAAGAUUUUUGAAAUGGAACCUGAUAAUGCUGGAAUGUAUGUCCUCCUAUCAAACCUAUAUGCUUCUUCUGGUAGCUGGGAUGAGGUAAGCAAACUUAGAGUGGUGAUGCAAGAUAGAGGUGUAAGAAAGGUUCCUGGCUUUAGCUGGCUUGAAGUUGAUAACAAAGUUCAUACUUUCUCUGUUGGGGACACUUUGCAUCCCGAUAAGGAGAAGAUUUAUGCAUUCUUAGGUGAACUGGAAAUGAAAAUGAAGAAGGCAGGUUACGUUUCGGCAACCAAUUUGGUUCUGCAUGAUGUGGAAGAGGAAGAGAAGGAGCAAAUGUUGAGGUUUCAUAGCGAGAAGCUUGCUGUUGCUUAUGGCAUAUUGCGCAUGAAGCCUGGAAGGCCAGUUCGGGUGAUUAAAAACCUAAGAGUUUGUGAAGACUGCCAUAAUGCCAUCAAAUAUAUAGCAUUAAUUGAGAGCAGGUUGAUUAUUCUAAGGGAUUCUAAUCGUUUUCACCAUUUUAGUGGCGGCUCAUGUUCAUGCAGAGAUUACUGGUGAUUGUCAUUGUCAGUAAUAUACAGCUUGUUGCUUCCGGAUAUUUAAAAUAUAGACUGUGAGUUGACUUUAAAUUAUAGUCAUGUCAAUUCAACUUAGAUAACUACAGCGCUACAAGUCUAAUGUAAAAUUUGUCCGGCGGUGGAAUGUUGUUUGCUAGUCAGAGAAUAUUAGUGCAUUACUCUUCCUAUUGUUUUUGAAACUCUGCAAACUCAUUGGAGAAACAAGAUCAGUCGGCAGGAUUUUAACUUUUUAUGCUAAACCAGAUUUGUCUUCUAUUACGGCCCUAAAAAUACUUGAGAUCCCUUGAGAUUAAGAAUCUGGUGAAGAAACGACUUGGGCAAUGGAAGUGGGAGUUAAAAGAUUCUUUUUUGCAUGAAACUAAAAUUCUGAGAAAGAGUAUAGGUGAAAGAGGCAUGGAAAGAUGGAGAGAGAAAAUUACAAGUACGGGGGAGAAAGAAGACAGCGUGUGCAAUAAAAGUUCACCUUGUUACGUUCUUGAUUGAGGCACUUUCAUUGAAGAAGAUAAUCUUACUGAGUGAAGAAGAACAUUCUUGUUAGGCUCGUUCAUCUGUCCACUUGCUGGUAACCCUAAAGGCUUCAACACUCUCUCAUCAUCUGAGUAGUAGUUUCCGGGUUAUUGCAUUAUUGUUUCUCAUUAUUUAUCAUGGUUCUUAUGACGUCAUGUUUAAAGAAUUAUGGUGUCUUGGCUUAUACUAUAUUUUAGAAGUAGAAAUGAAAAAUUUUUGUAUGUAAAGCUGUGUUAGAUGUGUUUUAUUGUUUUUAAGAAGAAGAGAGUUUUGCCAUUUCGUAUGAAAUUGUGUUGAUAAUGUGUAUAACUGAUGUAUAAACUUUCAGCGAGUGUGCAGUUUUGCAUUGGGAGUGCAAGAUUUGUUUGAAAUUCAGUAGUGGAGGCAGAAGAGAAUCGAUGACAACCUUUUCUUUCAACCUCCCUCGACCACCCUCAAUUUCUUCAAUAGGUGGAGCAACUUGUGGAUUUUCCUCAACAGCCACACCAAUGCUCGGACCAUAAGUCAGGAAUUUCUGGCGAGCAUCCAUUUUUAAAGAUUUCUUCGU